UGUAAUUGCUUUAUCGCGUGUGGCACACUGGGCAUUGUAUUUUUGGAAAUGUUUACAUUCUCCAGCCUACAUUACAAAUACAACAAUGUUGACAUGUCAAAUCUGGCGAAUAAGGGUGAAAGUGAAAUUCAUAGUGACAUAACAGCAGAAUAUCCUAAAAGCAACGCUGCAUCCGCGUAUUGUGUAAGACUGAAGCGGAAAGUGCGAUUAGUUGCAGGAAAAAAAUCGAAUUCGAAACAAUAAAGUACAUUUAAUGAAGCAGGAAGCGUUGUGAAAAUCGAAAAAUUAAACAAUUUCGUGAGCUCAAGUGCAGCAAGCAAAAGUUAAAUCUUAGUACAUCUUUCAACAUAUGUGUGAGUGUGUGUGAGCAUUUCUGCCAAACCACCAACCACCCACCACCUACGCAUACAGUUGUAGCAGGCACAAACGACAGGCUGACUUUGGCGAACGUGCUUGCGUAAAAAUCGAUAUUUAUUGAAUUUAUUUACGUAAAUUAUAAAUAAAAUGCAAAACAUGUGGAAAGUACAGCAUAAAGUGAAAUUUUAGCAUAAAGCUAAUUUAGAGCAACUUUAAGCGAGCGAACAACAAGAAAGCUUUACUUUCUAUUUACUCCCGUAUAUUUACCACGGAGCGCAGUUGUGUGCAGUCUUCAUUGUUAUCUACUCUACUCAAAGCUAUAGCUGUGUGAUUUACUUUUCGGAAGCGUUUCGAGUUAUUCUCAUUGCAAUGGCGGAUGCUGUGCGCGCUAAUGUGGAUCCGGCAAAGGACAUGCCGCAGUCAAGUUUUAGCUCAGACGUUGCUGGCGAUAGCAGUGGCGCAAUCUUGCGUAACACAAAGCAAGUGACAGCUUCACCGCUGGCUCAGCAGGCGAACGAACAACUUCAGUGUGAGCAAUUGUAUUGCGCAACAAGCGCCAAUUUAACAACAACAACAUCGACAACAACAGCCGGCGGUGCUGCUAAUGGCGACUCAGCCGCGGUAACGACAACAACAGUCACAGAUAUGUCUUCGCUGUCAACGACGCCGCCGUCAGCAGCGCUACCAUUAGCCGUACACUAUUUGGCUAGCUUCCAUCAGAUUUGUGUGGUGACUGCACUGCUUCCAUUGGUGACGCUGUUCACCUGCUUUGUCACCGCGUACGUCUUCCAAUAUGAUGAUGUGCACGAAACGCAUUGCCGUGUCUACAACAUUGUACCAUCGAUAAGUGCCAUUACCGGUGUCAGUCCACAACGCUACUUUUGGCGCCUGAGUAUUGCCUUACACAUUGGACCGCGUCUGCCCAUCGCCUUUGUGUAUAAGAAUUUUUAUCGCAGCAUGUUGGCCAAUUUGCAGCAACGUCGACCGCAUUUGGUGCCGAAGGCCGAUCUGAUGAUAACCUUAAUACUAGUUUUGAAUCUCAUCGAAAUUUCAUCGUUGGGCGGUGUCACCUACAUUUCGAAUAGGGAGAAUUAUCCGAUUCACGAGAAAAUCUUCAUUACAUUUAUGGUUUGCUCACUCUGCUACAUGUUGGCCACCAUCAAGCUGCACGGCAUGCUCUUUGAGGAUGAGAGCAAACUCUUGCCCAUACAACGUGAGUCCAUCAAAUGGAAGAAAAUACUUUUCAUCACCUCCAUUGUGAGCACCGUCGGCUUGUUGGUAUUCUUCGCCAAGCAUCGUUUCUACUGUCAUGAUUUGGCCUUCAGUUGGUUCGCCUUCUUCGAGUAUGUGAUCGCCAUUGCGAAUAUGCUAUUCCAUUUCACCAUCAUUUGGGACUUUCCAUCGCAAUUUAUGCUCAUCGUGCAGGGACCGAAGGAGAAAAUCGAAGCGCUCUUCAAGCGUUCGAGCGCGAUCAAGUCCGAUUAAAUGCAAUGCGUUGGACUCACUGAUGUAAAAGCAAACAAACUCACACACGCUCGCACUCGUUGUGACUUCAAUAGUGAGCGUUAACGGCGUGGUAACUGGUAGUUUGUUGUUGCGUAUAAAUCAAUUUUAAUUUGAUUUAAUUGUGAAUUGUGAACGGCACAUGAGAAACCUCGAAGCGCGCUUCCAUUGUCAACUCAUACGCAUAUAUAUAUUUAAUUAAUUUAAUUUUCAUUGAAUUUCGAAAAUUACUCAUAAACACACAUACAAACAUACACAGAGUGAAGGUAAAAGUCUCCUAAUAGCAGUUUGCGUAAAGCCAUAGUUAAAUCCAUUUUAAAACAUAAAAAUAUAUACAUACAUACAUACAUAUAUAUAAAUUGAAUUAAAAAAUAUUUAUAAACAAUUUUAUUUAGUUUUUUAAAGAAUAAGUUUUAAAGCAAUAAUUUUAGCUUUCUGUUAAAUACAUGUGUAUCCGUAGUCUUACACUAGUUUUGUGCGAAUUUUUAAGCCAAAGCAACGACACGAGUUUUAAAUGCACCUACAUAACUUACAUAUGUAGUUAAAUUACUCAGAUUUGACUCAAUAUACCAUUAUCAUUAUUAUGUUUAUUAUGUACAUAGUUAUGUACAUGAAAUUUAAGACAAAAAACCAAAAACAGUAAUCUCAAAUAAUGCACAGAGUUUAAAAUUUUGCAACUUCUUUCAGUGAAAAUGGAAGUUAUAUAACAAAAAUUUAGCAUUAAUUUUAUGCAAACAAUGACAAAUCAAGCGCUGUACAAGGCUUACAUUAGUUUUAUUUUAGACUCGUAUUAAGACUUUCGAAUGCUUACGUACACUAAUAAAGUUAAAUUUAGUCAAAAAAAGUUCACUUACAAAAUAUAUAAAUAAAUUCAUAAACAUUCAUUCAAAUAUUGUUUCAUUAUUAAACCAUAUACUUUAAACGCAGGUAAAAUUCAUCACACUUCUCUUUAUUUUAUACUGUUUAGUAUAAAUAUUUCCAAAACAUUUUACAUAUUAUAUUUAGAGCUUUCAUAAUAUGAUUUUAAAUUCAUUUAACAUUUUUGAAAAAUUAUAACCUAACUUUUACAAAAAAAAAUAAAUAAUUGUUUGGUUUGUUCCAGGGCUGGAGCUAUCCAUAUAUUCGUAUGUCCAAAAUUUCAUAAUUAUCCUUAUUGAAAGUUUCUAGAUAUUUCCUAGUUCAACAAAUAGUUCAAUCAAGCUUAUAAAAAAUUAUAUAAGCAUUGUAAAAGCUUCGUGAAAGUUCAUUACUCCGAAAGCUGAAGACCUCUAUCAGAUAUUCAUUCUUAAAAAAGGUUCUCUCAAAAUUUGAAAACUAGUUUUUUACAUUUAUAUCUUCGGAUAUUGGAAUAUUCGGCUUAUACAGAUUGUUUAAGCUCUUUAUUAAAACCACAGCUCUUGAUCGGACAUCUUCUUCACAUAUAUGGUCUACUUUCUUAAGUUAAAAUGUUCAUAAAACAAAUUUCCCAUUCUCUUUUUAUCUUUUGUAUUCUCAUAAUUGUAGUCUAAAUCUAAAACUUUUGCCCUUUGCUGUCCCUCGCGAUGACAAUCUUUUAGAAAAUCUGAAUAUUAAAUUUGAGAAAUUUUAUCAGCGUUUAGUCGCCUUCGACAGUUUCUAGCUAGUAAAAAACUUAGUUCAAUAAAGUGUUAAAUAUAUUCAAGAAAUUAUAAUAUAAUGUAUAAAAGCUUUGGUGAAAGCUUCGUGAAAGCUUUUUAGCUCUAUGAACUCUAGAAUGAUAAUUAAGUUUUUGUCAAAGAUUUUAACUUAAUUAAAUUGUCAGAGAUUACUAUGUAGUGAGAGCAAGAUCUUGUAAUAAUUUCAGCAAAAGCUAUUUAAAUAAAUCUUAAGUAACUAAUCAUUAAUAAAGCAUAAUAAUGAAGAUUCAUUCCCAUAAAUGUCUCUGAAAUUUUGUUCGAAAGAAAUCAAAUAUGUUUGCUUUGAUUUUUCAUAGAUCUAUAAGUUCCUUAAAAAUGACUAAUUUUGUUUUUAUUUAAGUUGGAAUAGCUAAACCUUGAGCUAUGCUGGAUCGAACAAAAACUGGUAUAAAUGCAAUACUCCUCAAAUUAUACCACUAGAAUGUAUUAACUACACAAGUAAGGCGAAAUCAUUCCUUUCUUUAAAAAUAUACAAUUCUAUAAUAGAUAUUUUUGGUUUUCAUUUGAUAAUCUUUAUGCAGGAUCUCCAAAUUUCCAAAGAUCUCGAAAACUGUCGAAACGUUCGUUUUAAAUUUUAUGCCAGAAUAACUGUAUACUUUCCUGGCAGAUAUGUAAGUUUUAGAAUGGCAUAUAUUUUGAGGGAUUUACCUCUUACUUUUUUUUUGAAAGAGACUGAGUUUCGAUUGAUUUUUUUUAAUUAAAUAAAUAGACGCCUUAAAUACAAAUAGGGGAAAAUUUUAUCAAAAUAGAUUUAUCUUACAAAACUUUUCACAGAACAAUACUUUUAUCUUCAAUAACCAUUUUAACUAUUUAACAUUUUUUAAAAAGGAUAUUAAGAUAAUUUUUUGAUUUUCUAAGCUUUAGUUAAAACAAAUAAAUUUUCACAGAUUUUUCUCUAUCAUGUAUUUUUUUUCUACAUAUAUGUAUUUUAUAUAUAAUAUAACAAUUUCUUCAUAUUUUCAAACAGUUAAAUACAGUUUUCAAAACAAACUUAAAAAAAUCUACACUUCACCUACAUACCUAACAUACUCAUAUGUAUAUAUGUAUUUGAAUUUAUACACUACUUCCCUGAGGAAUAUAUAUUCAACAAUUCGAAAAUAUUUGCAUAUUUACCACUAGGAAAACUACUCUUGCUAAACUACUCGAAAUUUUUUUAUACAAUUUUCUUAGCUAAAAUAAUGCAACUCUUUGCCAUGAACACAGACUAAAUUCUACGUUUUUGAUAAACUAUUAAUAAUUUUGCAGUACAACUCUCUAGCAACUCACAAAUACAAACUCAAUAUACGGUUAAGACAGUUACAAUUGCAAUAUUCAAAUAGUUCUAGUGAAAGUAAUAUUAUUUUAAUAAAAUAUAUUUUAUUCGAAAUUAACAAACAAAAAUAGUGAUAAUACAUAACAACAGUAAUUAAUGCAAAAAAUAUUUUAAAUAAUAUUAUUAUAAUGUUUAUAAUAAUAAAUAACUUAAUAAUAGAUAUUUCAAAAACUAUAACCCACACGACAAAUUAAAAAAAAUAACAAUUUUGCUCUAAAACACAAUUUUUUUUGAAAGUCAAAAAUUUUAAUACAAAAAAAUUCAAAUAAACCACAUAUCGUACAAGGUUUGUAAACGAAAAUAUUGUAUAAUAGAAAAUAGGUUUUAGAGAACUGUAGCUAAGAAAUAA